AGGUAGCUGGGAAUAGCAAUGUGACAGUGUGCAGAGGGGUUGGAGAAGUUCCAGCCAGCACGAAGAAAAGCACAUCAAAAAGGGCAAGCGCAUCGGGCGGGAAAGAGCGAGCGGCCCCCGCGUCACCAGGUCGAGACGCGCUUUCCACACCAAUCGCGUGUCACCCGCGACGCAUCAAGCUCGUCCUUGACUUGCACAUAUUCUUCCACCAUAUUUGGACAUCACCAUACCGCAGCCCAUGCCUCGAACGCGCAAUCGCGCCAGUGCUGCGCAGGAGAAGCUUGUCGUCGAAGAGGCUGUCAUCGAAGAAGCGCCUGUUGAGGUCGAGGAGGAGCAAGAUGAGGAGGAGGAGCAUCAGAGCAUCGAGGGAGCCCCGAGGCCUCUGGACUUCAACGAAUCGCUCACAUGGCGCGCCGGGAAGCCGAUUGCCGUCGCCGAACUACUACGCCGCCUGAGGACCCUACAUGGCGAAUUGAGCCAACUCGACCAAGAAGAUGCACAUCGCGACUCGCUCGUCCCCGUCGCACAAGAGCUGGCCCACCGCAAUCUGCUCGAGCAUCGCGACCGCGGUGUCAAGGCCUGGACCGCGCUAUGUAUCGUCGAGAUGUUCAAGUUGCUGGCCCCCGACGCUCCCUUCAAGGCCGCUCAAUUGAACCAAAUCUUCUCUCUCAUCAUCACUCAAGUCUUGCCUGCCCUCGGCAACCCUCAGGAUCCCUACAACGAACAACAUCUGUCCAUCGUCCGAUCGCUGGAUGAAGUCAAGAACACAUCCAACAACGACAAGGCUGAAGAGCUGGGAAAGAAUGUCGAACACCAUGUCACUAGUCUGCUCGUUACCGUCGUCGACGAGAGUCCAUCGCUGCCCAACGAUGUUGUCGAUAUCAUCCUGGCACAGUUCCUCCGCCUCGAUCCUACCACCUUCCCUCUUCAGCUCAACAAAUCAGCCCUCGAGUCAUCGCGCCCUUUCCAUUUGCAACUACCUCCGCCAGCCUACAACAUGGCCAAGAACAUCUGCAGCUCCUGCCCUGACAAGAUGUCGCGCAUGGUCGCACACUACUUCAAUUCUAUUAUUGCCGACCUAUCAGACGGCAUGGACGGUUCGAGUUCGCGCAAAUCGACGUCGCGACGACGACCUCGUGCUGAUGAUGAGGAGGAUGAGGACGAUGACAACGACCGCGAUGCACCACCUGCUGGUCCGACCGCAGAAGAGCUCAAGUCUCUGGAGAAGGCUCACAGGUUGUUGCGCGAACUCUGGAGGUCCGCCGCUCUGGUCAUACAAAACAUUGUUCCGCAGAUCGAGUCUGAGCUCGCCGCCGAGAAUGUGGAUAUAAGGCUAUUGGCCACAGAGACAGUUGGCGAUCUGAUCUCUGGUAUUGGUGCGGCAGGUCCCCCCACUCCAAUCGCUCUUGAUCCCGCAGCAUACCCUUCGCAAAGCAUCGAUCCACCUUCGGCCUAUUCUAGGACAUACAACUUCCUCACCACUCCCGCUGCGCCUCACGCCUUCUCUUCCGUGCACGCAUCCACUUACCAAGGCUUCCUCAAUCGUCGCAACGACAAAUCACCUCGAGUCCGUUCUGUCUGGGUAACUUGUGCAGGCCGCAUUCUAUCUACUUCUGCUGGCGGCGUCGGUCUCGAUCCGAAAGAGGAGAGCGCUUUGCUCAGGCACAUCUCAGACAUGCUUGUGGACACUGAUGAGCACGUCCGUCUUGCGGCCGUGCAAGCCAUCGGUCGCUGUGACUUCGAGACAAUUGUACAACGCAUGGGCUCGAGCGGCAGUGUCACGACUCCCGAUUCUGUUCUGUCAAAUCUGGCCGACAGAAUCAAAGACCGCAAGCAUAGCGUCCGUGCCGAGGCCAUGUCUCUACUCGGUCGAAUCUGGGGUGUUGCCGCAGGGGCCAUCACUGAGGGCAACGAGAGGGUUCGUAUGCUGCUUGGUGCUAUCCCCUCGCGCAUAUUUGAUGCUAUUUACAUCAACGACCGCGAGAUCACUGCACUGGUGCAACAAGUCCUUUACGACUCGCUGUUACCGUUGAGCUACCCGCCCAUCAAGGCCAAACCCGCGUCAAACGGCGACUCACAGCGAGUCAAGGACAGCCAAGUACCAGCUUCGCAAGUCGAGAAGGCACCUUUCCCAGAUGCUAUCCGUGCUGAGCGUAUCUUGGUCCUGGUCCGUGACCUUGAGCAGAAGGCCAAGACUGUGUUUUUCACAUUUCAAUCUAGACAAACCAAGAUGGCUCAAUACUUGGAGGCGUUCCUGAAACGAUGCGAAGAUUACAACGGAGGCGUCAGUGCGAAGAAUGGCAAAGAAGGAAGUGGCUCACUGUCCAAGCUGAUCGAAUUCUUUGCGCGUGAACGUCCCGAGCCUCUCGUGGCCAAUGAACACCUCUGGAAGUUUGCUAAGAAGCAUGACAGAAGAUGUUAUCAGCUUAUUCGUUUUGCAGUCAAUCCUGACAGCGAGUAUAAGAAGGUGCACAACGCGAUUAAGGAACUGUCGAAACGCAUCGAAGAUUCACCUGGUCAUACCUCGGCGGUCCUAACGACGCUACUUCCAAUCAUUUACCAGGCCAGUGUAUUGGUCUACAACAAGAGUCAUGUUCCCACCAUUGUCGACAUCUCUCGUACGGAGAUUAGGGGUCUCGAUACGCCUGCACACGAGGUGCUCAAAGAAAUCUCGGCUCACAACCCCGAGGUCUUCAAGGCACACGUGCGUAGCUUGUGCGCCACACUCCAGGAACAAGUGCCAUCAAAAGACAGGCCAACCGAUUCUGGAGUUGUCGAGACCUUGAAAGCGUGUGCAGGCUUUGCGCAGAGAUUCCCUGCGGAGAUUCCUCGCGACCGUGCCUUCUUACAAGCCAUGGUUCAGUUUGCUCUGCAUGGUAAUCCCCCGAUCGCCGCAAAGCACGCAGUCUCAGUAGUCGUUGCUGCAGAUGAGAAGAAAGACAUGUACGUCAAAGACAUUGUUACUAAGUGUGUGCAAGGCUUCGAGUAUGGCGAAGAUGGCUACCUCUCAAAACUGGCAGCACUUAGUCAACUCAUGCUGUUAUCAGCCAAAGAUACUGAAGACGAACAUGAUAACAUCCUGGAAAUCGCGAUUCAGAAGGUCCUUCUACAAGUCCGCACACAAGCCAAAUCAGACGAUGUCGAAUGGCAAGAAGAACCAGAUGACGAGUGCGAAGCCAAGAUCUGGGCUCUCAAAAUUUUAGCCAACAGACUUAGGUCAUAUGCUAUGUCUGUACCAGACACUGAGAUGGAGUCCGUGGUUACAGAGCUGGCACUUCCAGUCUUCAAACUGUUGCACCGAAUUCUUGACAAGGAUGGAGAGCUGUCUAAGACUCAGGGAGAAACUCCUAAGCCUCACAGGGCACGCCUUCGAUUGAACGCUGCUGUUUUACUACUCAAGCUUUGCAGCGCACACAAACGCUUUGACGCGUUGAUGGAGCCCAAGAACUUCAAUCGCCUUAUCGUCAUUGCUCAGGAUCCUCUUCCUGAGGUUCGAUCAGCCUUUGUAGAUGCUAUGAAGAAGUAUCUCGGCCAGGGUAGACUGCCUCACCGCUUCUACACCCUAGUGUUCGUCUAUGCUUUCGAGCCGAAUGGAGUUAUCAAGAACCCGGCGUCGACAUGGCUAAAGGGGCGUGCCGCCGCGUUUGCCAAAUCUAAUGAGACUGUCAUGGAAGCCACAUUCGCACGCUUCAUCAGUCUUCUCGCUCAUCAUCCCGAUUUCUCAACUGAUGCCGAAGACCUCCGGGACUUUGUCGACUACAUGAUGUUCUACCUUAAGGCUGUUGCUACACCAGCAAAUAUUACCUUGAUUUACCAUGUCGCACAAAGGAUGAAAUCUGUCCGAGACGGCAUCGAUGAGUCGAAGAGCGAAAACCUCUACUGUCUGUCGGACAUUGCGCAAGUGGUUAUCCACAGAUAUCAAGAGCUGCAAGGUUGGUCACUAUCAGUGUGGUCAGGCAAGCUUCGACUCCCCAUUGGCCUCUUUGCCUCCCUACCAAACCAUACGGUGGCUCAGGAGAUCUCAGAAAAGCAGUACGCACCAGAAGCUUUGAUGGAGCAGAUCGAAGACCUGGUCAGAGACCGUCUGCGCACCAAGAAGCGCAAGUCUGAAAAUACAAGCACUCAAGCCAAGAAGCGUGCCAGAGCAAGCGAGGGCAAAGCGGCUAGACCAGCAUCGAGCAAGAAGGUCAAGAGCGUAAAGACGCCUAAGAAAAGGAGAGCUUCCAACGCUACCGCGUCAGCGCCAGCCAGCGAGAUCCGUCGUAGCUCGCGCAAGUCUGGUGCAAAGAGCUACAUGGAGGAGAGCGACAGCGAUGGAGUCGAUGAAAACGACGACGACGCCGACGAAGACGAUAGCAACGACGAAGAGAGCGACGUAGAAGACCACGAGAUGGAAGAUACUGAGGAGCAAGAGCCUGAACAGGCUCAAGCUAGAAGCGAAGAUGCCGAACCAGAAGUCGAGGCCGAAGAAGAAGUUGUCGAGCCAGAACAAGAGCCAGAAGAGGAGCCUGAAGCACCGGCACCACCAAAAGCAAGACGAUCAGGUCGUGCUGCCCCCAAAGGCAAAAAAGCCGCCCAACCUGCAGCAACGCCCAAAAGGUCGAGCAGAAGAAAGAAGAAUGGUGCAGCCAGUGAUUCCGAGCUGAGCGAAGCACCAUCUGAUAUGGAGUAGUUAUUUGAGAUAAACCACAUCGCAUGUCUUUGCUAAAACAUGAAAGUACUUACUAUGGCUUUUCUUUUCUUUCCCUCUUCCAACAGCACGCACACUUUAGCGAUGGGCGUUUUUCUCUUUUCCUUUCUUUGACAAUGUUUUAUCUGUGUUUAUCGAUUCAUGCAUGUAUAGCCAGCAGUAUCCAAACAAGACCUUGAGCAGGUGUACCAUACUCUAGCACCUCAGACCAACGUGACACGACUGA